GGGUUCGCAGCUAACCUUGUAAACAUCGGCACAAGCGCAAGUGUCUGUGGCGCCGGUGGUGGUUUUCGCUUGGUGGUUGGUUUCUGUACGAGACGGUGUUCUUAAAUGCCUUCGAAAGGCGAAGACAUACUAAAUGGAUUUAAGCUGAACUGGAUGAAUUUGAGGGAUGCUGACACCGGCAAAAUGCUUUGGCAGGGGACCGACGAUUUGUCUAAACCGGAUGUUGAGCACGAAGCUAGAGUUCCUAAGAAGAUAUUAAAAUGCCGUGCCGUGUCCAGAGAGAUCAAUUUCUCGUCUGUCGAGUCGAUGGAAAAAUUUCGGCUCGAGCAAAAGGUCCUCUUCAAAGGGCGGUGCCUGGAAGAGUGGUUUUUUGAGUUUGGCUUCGUCAUCCCCAAUUCCACCAAUACGUGGCAGUCGUUAAUAGAGGCAGCGCCCGAAUCUCAGAUGAUGCCUGCCAACGUAUUGAAUGGGAAUGUCGUAAUCGAGACGAAGUUUUUCGACGACAACCUUCUCGUUAGCACAUCCAAGGUCCGCCUGUACUACAUCUGAGCUCCGGGCGCAAGGUUUUGGCAUGGCAAGUGGGAAUCCUGCUGCAAUGCCUCCAUUGACUGCCGUCACUCCCACAGCUCCCAUCUGCAGCAUCUCGAACAAACAGUAGUUUCUCGGUUGCUCGCACUUUUUCUCCUCACAAAUCGCCAAACAGCUCGCAUCUCCUUGCGCAUUCUUUUAUUUUUUAAUGAUUCUUUUUUCUAAUCAGUAUUGGAACCACUGAAGAAAGGCCGUUUCUUAUACUAGGCUCUGUUGCAUUGACGACCAGUUUGUUACAUUUUGUUUUUCUUUCAUUUGUAAAUAGUAUUUUUUGUUGAUGAGCCACGAGUUGUGUGGAAGAUGGGUAUUUAAUAUCUUGUCUGUUUUUGUUUUGUCGGUUCUCGUUGUCAAGAGUGUUGUCUGUUGUUGAUUGUGCUGAAAGCCCAUACAAGUGCAAAGUGAAAGAUACUGAUGGGCAGCCACUAUGGGCAUGUUAUGUUCAUCGAGUGCUUUUUCGAUUUCCGUAGCUUGUCGUUGCGGGAAUUUAUGGUGCGUAUUGUAUCGGGGAUCGUUCAGAUGUCGUGUUGCGGUUCGCAGCUGCGCUAGUCCAGAUAGACGAAUGUAAGCAGGGCAGCGUGAUAGCGACAAAAAAAGAAAAAAAGUUUGCCUGCUGAAGCUUCCUCGCACAGUUGUGAUGCUUAUUACACUGCAGCUUGUUCUGCAAUGCAAGAAAUGCAAAAUGCAAAGGUAUUUCACAUGGCGUUUUACCAGCUCACCAUUUUUAUAACAUCUUCUUUCUAACCCGAUAACCCUAGAGGUGAUAGCAGAAAAAUUUUAUUCAAAGCUUCAAAAAAAAAAAUACCACUUCUCAAGUGCAUUUACUAUCUUGAUGUAGUCGAAGUAUUGGUGCAAUGCACGUACAUCAACAAAAAGGCUUGAACAUCGGCACUUGUGAUGCUUCAAAUGGAUUCAUCUGAACAGGUUGUAAAAGGAAUAUACAUAAAGCGGCUACUAAAUUUUGUGAGUACCAAAACUCGGCUGCAGAUACGCAACAAUGUCUGUCAGCUUCAUUUGUCUCUCGCAAGCAAAGCAAAGGACCAAGCUGAAAAGCUGCAGCUUAUAUCAUUGGGACCUACAGCAAUAUUGCUAAAGACUGCUGAGAUGGGUGCACAUCAGACAGUGAGAAAUGUGUCAUUGCUUACACUGGGUCCAAAGCAGUGGUUGGCACACCAGUGCUGGCAUCCCCCCCCCCCCCCAUAUGAUGUGUGGUAAGCUGUUGUUCCUGCAGACCCCAUUGCCUGAAACAUAGUGGCUAAUGAGUCAUUCAGAUCUUGGAGCUCAAGCACAUUUCCUCACUGUGUGUGUGUAUGUACACUGUGACACCCUGAAAUAGAACUGCAUGCUACUGGCACACACACUGAAAGGGACGCUGAAGUUAUGUGCACUAAAAUGGUCAGGUACAUGUACGGAAUAACAAAUCUGACUGUCAUGCUGCGAGCUCGGGCCGAGCAAGCUGGAAAAGAUGCAAAAAUGCGGCACUGCACCAUUGUCACACACUGUCAUGAAUUGUGCCAGGUUGUCAUGUUGUAUCUUUGUGCUUGCUUGUACCAAUGAGGAAUAAUUAGAUUGCAAAAGUUAUAAGCUACGAAAACCUUUGUUGGACCCACCCCCUUUUCACAUUUUUCUUCACUUUGUGUACCUUACAUAAAGUCAGUCAUCUCCUUGGAUCCAGCAAUGCCGUAUGCUUUAAAGGACCCCUGACAGCGAAAUUUUUGUUGGCGACUUUUUUGCUGUAAUUUGUAGCUUUGUGUCUGGUAAUCUCUAAAUUAAAUCGUAAAUGCUCUAGCGUAUCGUACAACUAAUUCUAGCGUAGUUAAUUGUGACCAUUUUAGCAUCACUUCAAAACGCCCGCCUAAAAACCACAAGAAACUGGCGCCCCAUGCGGGGGAGCGUCAAAGACCACGUGCACUCAAGCUGUGGUGACGUUGACAGCGCGGUUUUCAAAUCGGGGCCCCGAGCGCGGUAGAGACUGAAAGUAUGUGGGUGCCUCGGUAUGGGUUUUACCUUGAGAGCAGCCCGACAACAGAGCCAGAGGGGUGCGGAACAAUAGGCCUCGUCGUUGUAUUGUGCAUGUGCGCCCUGCAAACCUUCUGUGACGUCCACAAUACUUGCUUUACACUUGGAACGUCACACGGGGCCUCUAUCUACGUCAUACCAGGAUGUCGCAAGGUGCAGCCAACUCAAGUGAGCACUCACGCUUACUUUAAAACCAAAUUAAGAUAUCUUAAAGGCAACGUUCGUCACUAAUAAUCGGUCAGAUGUGCCCCCGUAUACAGGAAAGUCAAACAACACAAAGAUCUCGAGGUUUCAAUUUUGGUGUCAGGGGUCCUUUAAGGAUAAGGUGCAUGCAACUAAAACCUAAUUUUUCCUACAUUUUGGCCCGGGUCCAGCCUUCAUCAGGAGAUGCCACAGAAUUUGCCACGUCAGCUACGAUUUGUGUGUAAAACGUGAAAAGCAAAAUUUAGCUUUCAACAUUCUGCCUCGAGGAAGAGCUUCUAUCUCUUUUUUCUCCAGGAAGGCACAAAUGUAAUUUUUUUUUAAUAAAAGCACAGCACUAGUUUAGUGCGAUUGAGUGCAUUUCUUCAGCGACCCUGAGCACCUGCUGCUUCCUUUAUUGACAGACAUUGUCACCACACGGGUAGUGCGUCAAGCCAUAGAGAUGGUGUUUCUGAAUGAGGCCCCUGCCUUUCUUCAUCCAGUUUUGAGAAGGCUUCGAUCCUGUGAUAACCCAAGUUCAUCGCACUGAUCCAGUGGCCGACAAACGGUACUAUAGUAGCCAGUUCCACGCAUCCUCGUUCAUGGAACGAUCACAGAGUUGCGCGUAAGACUGCGGUUUAUCAGAAGCAAAUGGUGUCAUGUACGGAAAUGCCGUUCUUUGUGUUGAACCCACCGUGUGUUCCGCAGUGAUCAUAAAAGAGGCUGUCACUGUACUUUCUAACACAGCAGCUGUAGCUAUGUUAUGUCUCCAGAAAUGUAUUUUUCAUGUUUGCAAGCAGAUUGUGGUACCGCGACCCACUGUCUACUUAGAUAAGCACAUUCCAGUUAGACUGCACUUAGGCUUGCCCUUCCCGUUUGUACAGCUCUUAUCAUGUCACGAGCAUCACGGCAUAUUUUUUUUCACCACGCUCUGCCUAUGGAGUUUCAUAAUUACCUUGCGGGAAAACUGGCUCUGUCGUGCUGAUACAAAAUUGGAUGUCCAAGGACAUCUUCUGAAUUGCAAGAAGUAGUGGCUUCACAUUGGCAUCUUUCUCAAAUAGUAAAGACAAUAUUGGCUACUGCCGUUUUGUCCGCGACAGUAGCUCAUUCUUUAAAAAGGCUGUUUGUAAAGUGCAGAUUUUUCUUUAUUAAGCAAAACUUAUGCUGCAUUGUGCCAUUCACGUCAAGCGUGAACAGUACCAGUGACCACAAUAUGUUGGAAUAAGAGUAUCAAGUCCACUCACUGGGUAAUUUUUUGUGCCCAGAGAGACCUUCGUGCAUCCAAAGUGCCAUACCCCACUUGCAUUCUUUUGUACAUCAAUUUGGCUUCAUUCAUAUGCCUGUUGGUUUGCAUCCUCCGAACAUUGGAUGCAUGAAACCUAAAACUCUCUACUGUGUGUCAGUUAAAGUGUUUCCUAUAAAUAGCGAAAGGUGUAUUAUAAGUAAAUAAAGGCAUUAUGGUAAAUCACGUUUAAAAGCAUUACUCGUUUUUAUAUGAUAUGAAGCCUCAUUCAGAAAGAACAUUGCACGCCCACAUCCCGGCAUUUUCAUGGCCGCACAGUUCCAGUUUAAAAACUUGCGCAGACGGUGGUGCCAGAUUUUCUCCUAGGUAACUAAUACCGAAGAAAUUCCCACGCCUCGACGUUUCACGUUGAUAUCGACGUAACGAUCCUAUCUGCAUUUGAGUGCUCCAGCUCUCUUGACGCUGUCGUUGCUUUAUUUUUUAGAUAUAACAGUGUGAAUUCCUGGUGUACUGUUUUGGCACGGCACCAUUUGCGUGUUGACUUUUUAAAACACUGUGCAGCGUCCAAAGAUUUUUUUCUCCAUGGAGCCGCUUGUUUAAGCAGGCACUCCAUGGCACGCAUUUUUGGCUGCAGUGACGGCAUGGCCUUUUGCAGCGUAAAAUAGUCACACCAAUGUCGCAGUGAUAGUAUUUGUUCUGUUCAGUUGCCACUUGAUGUUUGAUCUGUAGCUUUUAGUUGUCAAUCCAAUGUUUCAAACAGGCCAGCUAUAUUUAUAUUGCUAAGACAAAUUUUUUUCAAUUCAUAUACUAAAUUUUUUUAUAGACUAAAUUUUUUCAAUUCAUAUAUUUGAAGCAUUAUCCAGCCGUCAAGUAAGCCUAUCCCGCAUUUGUUCUUUUUCUUGUUUUUUUGUAGAGCGUAAGGGCUAGAUUUCGCUAGAAAGUGUUGCUUGUGAAGAUUAUCUUCAGUGUAACUCUUUAGCGAUCUAGGUGUGUUAUUAUUGUCUUUCUUUGACUGCUUUCCAUUAAGCGGGCCAUUUUAGCAGUGAUUGAAAAAAGAAAAGGUCAUUGUAGAAAGAAACUGCAGCAGAUACAGCUGCAAUAUAUCAUUCCUUUUGCAAGAUAAAUCAUACCAUUGUUAUAAUUGAGCAAUUGGUGCAUAAUAAAAAGCAAUAAAUUUGGUUUCAAUCAAAA